UAAAAAUCUAGUUUACCAUGAGGAGUUCGCGACCUUGUCGCGGUAUCGCACCACCAGGGCCGGCAAGUUAUAAUAGCGUAGUUAGGUCCUACAUGUUGAACAAUACAAUAUUCCCUUCUUUGUGUUUUGAACUGCAAGAUUAUUCAAGACUUUAUCCUGGAAAACGCCACAUCAGUAAAUUCGCACAUUCCUUGGCGCCACUUUGCGGAGAAGGUUAAAUCUUAUUUACAU